GUGGGCGUGGCGCGGGGUGGAGGCACGGGCCGGGGAGAGGACAUCUCAAGUUCCAGCGCAGCGCCGGCAGCUCCGAGAGGAUCCCACCCCCAGCGGCAUGGGCUGCUUGCUGUUUCUGUUGCUCUGGGGGUUCCCCCAGAUUAGGGGAAGUUCUGAAGGCCCGCAAAGACAUUUCCCCCUCCGGUGCCUGCAGAUCUCGUCCUUUGCCAAUAGCAGCUGGUCGCGCACGGACGGCCUGGCCUGGCUGGGGGAGCUGCAGGCCUACACUUGGCGCAAUGACUCGGACACCAUCCGCUUCCUGAAGCCCUGGUCGCAGGGCAGAUUCAGUGAUCAGCAGUGGGAGAACCUGCAGCAUAUAUUUCUGGUUUAUCGAAUCAGCUUCACCAGGGACAUCCAGGAAUUCGUCACAAUGCUGCACGUAGACUAUCCCUUUGACAUCCAGAUAUCUGGUGGAUGCGAGGUGCUCCUGGGGAACACCUCAAAAAGCUUCUUGGACAUUGCAUUUCAAGGAAAAGCUGUCGUGAGUUUCCAAGGAACUUUUUGGGUGCCAGAUCCAGAUUCCCCACCCUGGGUGCAGAAGGCCUGCAAAGUGGCCAACCAGGACCGAGGGACCAGGGAAACAGUACAGUGGCUCCUGGACUCCAUCUGCCCUGGUCUUGUCAGAGGCCUCCUGGAGACAGGGAAGUCGGAGCUGGAGAAGCCAGUGCAGCCCGAGGCCUGGCUGUCCAGCGGCCCCGCCCCCGGGCCCGGCCGUCUGCUGCUGGGGUGCCACGUGUCAGGAUUCUACCCGAACCCCGUGUGGGCGAUGUGGAUGCGGGGUGAGCAGGAGCAGCCAGGCACUCGGCGAGGUGAUGUCCUGCCCCAGGCUGACGGGACGUGGUACCUCCGAGUGACCCUGGAUGUGGCAGCCGGGGAGGCGGCCGGCCUGAGUUGCCGGGUGAGACACAGCAGUCUCGGAGACCAGGACAUCAUCCUGUACUGGGGGCGGGGCCAGGCCUCCCCGGGCUUGAUCGCUGGGCUGGUGGUGGCGUUCCUCCUGAUUCUGACUUGUGUCGGCUUAGCCUUCUGCUGUCAGCGGCGCCGCCGCUAUCAUGGCAUCAUGUGACCUGGAACUCAGGCUCUCAGGACUUCAGUGCUCCGAAAUUGAGGGUGAAAGAGAGUUACUUUGAAGAAGCAGAGAACGGUCAUAAGGCAGCUCUGGUCACACUCUUUGAACACUUUAUCUAAGAGGAUUGAAGUUCUUUUUCAGUAUACUACAAGUUUGUAAGCCCAAGUGGUCCUGUAAAAAGAGAAGAGCAAACUCAGAUACCUCUCAGGCACAAGCAGAUAAGGACUGCGGUGGAAGUGUGUGUGUGGUCCUUGUCUGAAUGAUGGCCUCUGCAGUGCCCUGGAAAGCACUUCUCCCGUGCAAAGGAAGCAGGUCCAGUUGUUCGUUGUCAAGUACAAAGUAAGACCCUCGCUUGACUGUAACCCACAUUUUUUUUUUCAAGAAAAGUGGAAGUCUAGGUUUAAAUGUGAACAUGCCUGAUAUUAAUGGGUCGACUGAAAGUUUUAUGAAAUAUGCCGCUGCUGCCUGAUGACAACCACAGCGUUUCCCAGUUUGUGUCUCUGAUAUAAAAAGUUUAUCCUGAAUGAUGUAUUGGCAUGCCAGUUCCAGGACCUAGUUUCUAUUGUAAGUUUGGAUUUAUAAAGAGGGAUAUUUUCUCAUUAAAAGAAAAUGAGGAUGUAAGAAACAGAGGCAUCUCAAGCUGUUUACUUGAAGUAACUUGAUUAAAAGAGGAAAAUGACAGUGUAUGUGUAUUAUGGAGAAAAAGCUACUUUUGGUAGGAAUAUUUCUCUCAAAUGGCCAGUCAUUUUUUUCAGUCUUGAAGGAGACCGGAUCCCCCCAGAAUAGGCCCUCCUCUUAAUAGCUGUUAAGUGAAGCAGUGUAUGGAGUGGGCUGGACCCCUCUGGGCAGGCGGGAGCUGUACUGGUGAUGUCUGCAUCAUCCAGCUGUCUUUCUUAGCCUAGAGAAAAGACAGCAGCCGACCAAGAAACGAGAAAGCAAAGUUAAAAGCACCUGUUAGCUAUCAGGGAAGUAGUCUUUUGGCACUCAAGGCCCUCAAAAAUCCCAAAAAAGUGAAUCUAAACUUUCGAAGUCUUUGCUUGAGAAAAUUAAGAUUUGGCAUCUUCUAUGUUGGGCUUGUAAGUAGAACUCAGGAUGUGGGGCCUGCUAGUUUCCAAAUCCGUGCUUCUCAAACUGUGGUUUCCUGACCAGUAGCCUCAUCAUCACCUGGGAACUUGCAAACUAUUUUACCCACCCCCCUCAACCUACUGAAUGAGAAAUCUUGUGAGGGGAGCCCAGUAAUCUGUGUUUUAAGAAGCCCUCAGGGGCUUCUGAAAUUGAGCUAAAGUUAGAGAACCACUGUUUAUAGGCAUGUACAAUGCUAUGCAACAGAUUCCUCAGAAUGCUAACUGAAAAUCUUGGCCUAGGGUUAAUCAGGGAAGGCUUCCUGAAGGAAGGGCAAUUUGAAGCAGGAAUUAGGGAGUGAGGUGAAGCAGCAAGUGCACUGGACCAGAGUCUCCUCUGACUCAUUUUCUUCCUGUGCCAAAUGGAGAUAAUAAUGUCUGUCUUGAUUAUGCUACAGGUGGAAUGUCUGUGUCCUGUGUCCCCCCUCCAAAUUCAUAUGUUGAAAACCUAAUUGGGCAUUAGCUGAUGAUACUACAAGGUGAGGUCUUUGGGAGGUGAUUAAGUCAUGAGGUCUGAGCUCAUGAAUGGGAUUCGUGUCCUUAUGAAAAGAGGCCCUUAUCCCCUCCACCACCAAGUGAAGACAUGGCAAGAAGGCUUCCUCACAGAAAGUGGACCCUCACCAAACACUGAAUCUACUGGCACCUUGAUCUUGGACUUCCCAGCCUCCAGAACUGUGAGAAAUAGAUUUCUAUUGUUUUUUAAGCCACCCAAUUGACGGUAUUUUGUUAUAACAGCCUCAAUGGAUUAAGAUUAUGUCAUGAACUUGUGGGGAACAAGUGUGUACAAAUGUGUGGCAAUCUCCAGUGCCUUCAGAAGUGUGGGGCCUGUUACAGUUCUGGGUACCACACUGCCCUCAGGUGAUGCUCUUCAGCUUAGCUUCCUCAAGCUGUAUCAAGCUUGUGAACCAGUCCCACUGGCCUCCCACAUUCUUAGGGCAAGUCCUUCCUGAAAUCUUUUGGGAAAUGCUACAGCAUGAAUUGACAGUAGCUCUGGUGCAUUUUAAACAACUUUUAUUUAUUUUGGAAAUAAAUGCCUAUUUCUCCAGGAAA